AUGAGAAUACGCCUAUAUAGUCUCUUAUCAAUAACUUUUCACUUUACUGAAGCCUUUAGGCAGGGCCCACGUGCUCUUUGGUGUAUUUGGCUCACACCACCUAAUGAGUUUCCGCCACAAAAACAGAUCCCAGUGAUAUGCCAUACAACCUUAAACUUCAUCGCAGACUUCAGAAACUUGAAAUUCGUUAAAAUAAGCUCUCAGACCAUCGUGUUAGGAAUAGUUAUAGGAGGGACCACAGACCUCAAAGGUCGUGUAACAUCUGAAAAAUGUGGAUUCGGAGAUUCUCAGCUUCUGAUCCAGAGCAGAGGAGAUAGUACUCCACUUGGUCAUACUCUCCAAUACUCAGACCACCGUAUAUAA